CGGGGACUCGUCACAGGCUGAUAGCACUAGCACAGGCUACAUUACAAGGAGGCAGCUGGUGAAUAGGACCAGAGUGGGAGAGAGACAUAGCGCUAACACAGGACUAAAACAAAAGAAAGCACGGGAUGGAAUAAAGCAGGGCAGCGCUGAGUUGCUCGGUUUCUCUCUGUCAUCUGACGCUGGCUGAAGGAUUUUUUUUCUUGUGAUUUCGUGCUCUGGUGACUGCGAUACAACAAUUGAAAAUGCGCCUGGCAGUUUGAACUGUGAUGGGGAGAGACACUGUCGUUGUAAGGUUGGAUAUCGAUCUCCCUGGCCGUUUGUGUCGACUCAUUCACGUUUAAACUUCACCGAUACGGUGUGCUUAAUGGUUUUGCGAGGAUACACGUUUGAAAACAACAACAGCUGAAGUGAAUCCGUGUCAGCUAGCUCGCUAGCGACUGUUAACUUAGCAUUGGCAUUAGCCUGCUCCUCAUGGUGGACAUUUAAAUACACCUCAAGUGGAAUUAUCGUGGCAGUUAUUGGAAAGUGUUGGUUUUAUGUGGAAAUUACUCGAGCGGCUUCAAGUUGCUUCCCAAAAAGAGCUUGUUCUCUUGAGCUGUGUUUAUAACUUUGUCAGAGACUAUCCUUCAGAAAUGAAUCACCACGACCGAGCAGGAGACACCGGCAGCGCCCGAAAAAUGGUGUACCCCAUGAGUUUACCCAGACGGGAGAGCAGUAGCAGCACGGUAGGUGGUUCCUCCUCAUUGACAACUUCGGGAAGCACCAGCCUUAAUAGCAACAACUUAAUGCUGGGGGAUGAUUAUUCACCACCAGUGCUGCUUCAGUCUCAAACACCGGCCGCAUCCUCGCUUGGGCCCCAGAACCCUCCUCAGAGCCUCAAUAUCCCCUUGCAGACCACCAUGUUUCCCCAAGCUCUGCCCACUGCAGUGGCACAGAUGAAGAAGAAGAGUGGCUUUCAGAUAACCAGCGUUACCCCCGCUCAGACAUCUGUCAGCACCAAUAACAGCAUUACAGAAGACACAGAGAGCUGUGACGACCUGGACGAGUCCCACACCGAGGACUUGUCAUCCUCAGAGAUCAUGGACGUGUCGCUUUCCCAGCCCAACAAUGCAGGAGGUCCAGAAAGGAGCUCCUCAGAGGAGACGCUGAAUAACUUCCAUGAGGCGGAGACCCCAGGGGCCGUGUCGCCCAACCAGCCACCCAUCCUCACCCAAGCACACCUGCAUGGCACUAUGGUUAAUGGGACAGUUCACCAUCAUCAACAUAAUCCUGCUUCCUCUAAAAAAGCUCAGCCUGCUGGUGGGACACAGAUUGGGAUUCCUUUGGGAGUUGCAGUCACAUCUGCAGUGACUUCAAGUUCUGGAGCUUUAGCUAGCACAGGCCAGAAAAUGCCUUCAAAUGUGGUAGGAUUGAUCGCGAAUGCCUCUGUUGGCACAACCAGUGUCAUCGGUCAGCCUUUGGCUACUGUCGCCUCAGGAACUGGAUUGAUCUCUGUGACUUCAGGUGCCACAAUUAGAACUGGUAAUCCUUUAACAAAUAAUGUUUGUAUGUUAAAUUCCACCAGUGUGCCUGCUGUGGGUGGCAAGAGUACCAAUAGUAGCAGUGUAAACUACUCCCCUGCUUUGAAUAGUAUUAGUAACCAAACUGUAAACUUGACACACAUUCCCAGUGGAAUAAUCGGCAUGGGCAUCACCGCGGCUACUACAGUUCCUGGUGGUGUUGCUCCAACAGGCGGAGGGCAGGUGGGGUCAGCUGUCGUGGGCCAGCAUGCAAUGCCUGCUCCCUCCGCCCCAGUGAUGAACACUCAGCCUCAGCAGGCCCAAGUGCCUACUCCCGCCUCCACCAGCUCACGUUUCAGAGUGGUCAAAUUGGACUCAACCUCUGAGCCUUUUAAGAAGGGUAGGUGGACGUGCACCGAGUAUUACGACAAGGAGGCCCCGGGUGGCGCGGCAUCCUCUGAAAAUGUCCCCAGCACCAGAACGGUCGAAAGCAUUCGCCAGUUUGUGCCUGAGAGUGUUGUGUGUCCGGACAGAGAGACUGUCAGCGGGAGUUCUGUCAGCAGCUCGGUUAGCCAUUAUACUGAAAGUCUGGGCAGUGGGGAGACGGGCGGCCCCUCGGCUGUGAAACAGACCUUCCAGCAGCCCGCUGCUCAAAAGCAUGACUACUCAUCUUCUAGCAUGCCCAUGUCUCAGAUGCAACCCCAGGACUUAGUUCACACUCAUCUUAAGACUAAUGCGGUAGCUCCGAUGCCGGCGAGCAUUCCGCCGCCGGCGACUAUUGGAGGACUGCAGACCACAAUCGGGCAUUCGUCUGCAGCCGUGCCCACUCAUAUGCCCAAACUGACAUAUGCCCAGGCAGCACAAUCGUCUCCUGCUCAAGCUCUGCCUGUGGUGACCCAGCAGCAGAUGGGCUACCCGCCCGCACCGCAGCCAGCUGCACCGGCCCAGGUAGCACCAGCACAUGUUAACCCCUUAAUCCAGGGAGGCAGCCUGCCACCUGACUUCCCUCAAUCCAAGCCGAUCAUGAACACUGUGCCACCUGGGUCAACACAAACAAUGCCCCACCUCUCCGCCUCCAUCCCGGCGGUGGCGGGGAACAGUCAGCUGAUCACAACUUCGCAGCAGCCUGUGGGCGCUGUGCAACCCCCUGCUGCUCAACCUCUCCCGCAAGGGCUUCUGCAGCCACAACAGACACCCGCUCCUCAGAUGGUCCAGGUCGUGCCGCAGCUGGUGCAGUCCGCCGGCACCGGUCUCAUACAGCAGACCCAGGGGCAGCAGCUCACAACUCAACAAUCCAUGGAGCAGCAGCAGCAGUCACAGCUCGGCAGUCAAGGCCGUGGCGCCCAGUUUGUCCCGGCCGUGACCUCAUCAGGCGUGCCUCCUAAACUCCAGAGUGAUCCCCAGUCCAGUUUGAUUCAGAAUGGCUCGAAAGAGACAGGGCCGCAGCCUGCAGUUAUGCCCACAUCGCUGGAGGAUGCCCAGCUCCUUCUGUUACAGCACCAGUCUCUGCUCAUGCAACCUAAGCCAGCUGGUGGUGAAUGUGCCUCCCAGACCGGCACCUCCCGUGGUCCAGAGGGAAGCAGUGGAGUCAGUGCCUUAACUGCCUCCGCCAGCCUGCUGAAGAGCUUACCUGUGGAUGGAGAAGAAGAUGGCUCAUCGGGUGCCAGUGUUGUGGCCAUAGACAACAAAAUUGAACAAGCGAUGGAUCUUGUGAAGAGUCACUUGAUGUAUGCUGUUCGUGAGGAGGUGGAGGUGUUGAAAGAACAGAUUAAAGAACUGAUUGAGAGAAACUCUCAACUGGAGCAAGAAAACAACCUGCUGAAGAACCUGGCCAGUCCGGAGCAGCUUGCACAGUUCCAGGCGCAAGUUCAGACCGGCUCGCCGCCGUCGUCGUCCACGCAAGGAGCGCAGCCGCCUGCCCCGUCGGCCCAACUCGCAGCACAAAACUCGGGACCUUCGGCGUAGCACCAGUAUGAAAGCUCCUGUUAAGGAUGACGAGUGGCUCGAACCGUAAAGGAAACGGACUGAAGCUUAUGAACAAACAUGCCUCGCUCACAUGUUAGACUGAUGAAAUUUGCACACCUUUCAAAACUUGACAAAUGUCGUAUACACCAGUGACAAUCCAGUUGGCUGAGGUGGGACGUUGCCAAAAUCCACAGAAUGUGAUUGUCAGGUUGAAGAAAACAAUCGGAGAGGACGUUAUAUAAAGAAUCACUGUGCCUGUGUCUAAAGUCACGUUUGGUUUUCAGUCAAGGCUGUUUUCCAUGUCUCCCUUACCUUUGUAGUGUAAAUGCUGACGGUGGUCUUUUUAGACUGCGAGCUUCUAAUAAAGCAAGCACUUUUAUGGUGACGAAUGUGACGAAACUUUGAAGAUCUGCCGAUCUGUGCCCCAGCUGGCAUGGGGAAGGCAGACGCAUUGAUGACUUCCAUAGUUGCAUUGGUGUAAUCAUGAUACUUUUUUGAAUGAAGAAAACGAGGAGGUAUGAUGCUUAAAUUCUGCAUUCGUUCUCUGCGCAGUGAGAAUGACGGAUGAGACGCAAGCUGAAUUUCGAGGUGGACAAGGCUGUAUAUUAUUGUAUGAUUAGUGUAAGUAUUUUGUAAAAUAGCGAUAUCAUGUGAAACGGUAAAAGAGACACUAUAUAGGUUGUACAUAUUUGAAGGGUAGCGAGGUAGUUGGCUUACCCAGGAGACAACAUCCUUUUUUUUUUUUUUUUUAAUGCUGUUAAGCAGGAACAGUCUUACGAUAUUUAUCUGACAAAUGGAAAAACUACUCAUCUAACACCUGCUGUACACUACUUUGUGAUGAUUUUGAAGUAUUACACCCAUGUGAUUUCUGUUUUCAGUUUGGACAGUGAAGUAUUCUGGAUCAAUCUCUUAACUUACAGUUACUCUUGACUAUCAUAUAGCUGACAUGGAUUUGCAUUGUGUACAACUUGUAUGCUUAUGUUCUGUGCAUGUUCUCAAACCAGGAGAUAAGUUGUAAAAUACUGUAAUUGCACUUGCCAGUUGCACUUCACAACUCUCAAUAAAGUCAUGUUUGUGAA